CUACUGUCAUUUGUUAAUUGAAAUUUAUUAUCACAUCCAACCAUUGCUGUCAACAGAUGUUGGUAUAUGAAUAUAUGUCUAAUGGCACUCUGCAAGAUCAUCUUUCAGGAAAGAUUAAAAAACCUCUGAGUUUCACAAGGAGGUUGAGAAUAGCUCUUGGUUCAUCCAAGGGAAUCCUCUACCUACACACAGAAGCUGACCCUCCUAUAUUUCAUCGAGAUAUCAAGGCCAGCAACAUAUUAUUGGAUUCUAAAUUUGUCGCAAAGGUUGCCGAUUUUGGACUUUCACGAAUUGCUCCGGUGCUAGAUAUUGAAGGUGCAACGCCUGCUUAUGUGUCUACUGUUGUAAAGGGGACUCCAGGUUACCUUGAUCCAGAGUAUUUCCUAACGUAUAAGUUAACAGACAAGAGUGAUGUAUAUAGCCUUGGUGUUGUGUUUUUAGAGCUUUUAAUAGGGAUGCAACCAAUUUCACAUGGCAAAACCUUGUUCGAGAGGUAAUACAUAGCUUUCCUUCUCCGUUUUUGCUUGAAAUUAAUUGUCUUUCGUCAC